GCUCGCCGAAAAUCGUUUUCUUUACAUGCCGAAGCCGUUGGCCCUGAGUGUCAAGCCGAAUUCCCCGGUUACACAAUUUACAACAUUCCAGCGGCUCAACGUUCGUUUAGGAUUCCUUUCGAAUUGGACGACGUAGCGCUUACACCGCUGGAGAUACUCCACGACUGCCAAUAUGUUGUAACGCUAAAAUCGAAUCCUCAUCCUCCUGAUGAAAUCUUUGGCUUCACCGCAGAACUGAACUUCACUGUACCGCACUGUUUACAAGGUCGUUGUGGUUGCAAAGACAACACCCCUUCGUCAGUCAAAAAUGUUGAAGUAGUGGUGGUGAAGCAUGACAGAUUUAUUGUUCCGCGAAUAUCCUGGGAAUAUCCUGAAGCUGAAAAUGCUGCCUUUCGGUUUGAAGUUGAGAUAUUUUUGAGUCGUGAAAACUACUUCAAAAAUGGAGAUUACGAUUACGAUGAAACUCGUCGAGAUCGUAAUGGAACAGAAGGAACAAACGGAUAUUUUAGUGAUGGUGAUAUGAUUGAAAAAACCUCAAUGAGGGAACAGAAGGGGAGAACAAAAUACGGACUGCUUUGGCCAUCUAGUCUACAAAGAAAUGAAGAAUAUGUGGUUUACAUUUACACCAAAAAUAGGCACCUUUGCCUUAGCAUGCCGGCAACGAAAAAAUUUACUACUUUCAAAAGUAGUUUGGUAAAUACUGAAGAUAUCAAUGAAAAUAUGUCCGAUAACUAUUAUGACUCAGAAGGCCUUUCAAAAUCAGCAUUAAGUCCAAAAAGUAGUCAAAAUCGAAGUACAAGUGAUGAGGCUGUUGUAAAAGCCAAUGCUACCGGAACAUCCUUAAUGAUAGUCAUAUCAGCAUGGGUACUUCUGUCAGCAGCUUUACUACUACUUUGCUGUUUACUACUAUUUCUAAUUCGAAAAUACUGCAUUCAAAACGGCAAGUCAGAAAUCGAGAAGUCUUCAAUCAUCCCUUGGGUGAUGGCGCACUCAAGUCAUUCAAUGCUCGAGACAAAUGUUCUUUAUCGAAGAGCGUUUGAAACAGACUCCAAAGCGAUGAUAUAUGAAAUUCCAUCUAAUCAAAUUCAAGUUGGGGCUGUUAUUGGACAAGGUCAGGAAUGUUUGCAAUUAUACCGUUCUUCACACGUUCAUAAUUCAAGCACUUCUUCUCCAGGAGCCUUCGGUAUGGUAUGCAUGGGCACAGUAAUAGGAAUGAAAGGAUUUGGAAGACCAACAACGGUAGCCGUGAAGCAACUGAAUGCAAAUGCUGAAGAUUUCCAAAGAAGCGAAUUCACAGCAGAAAUUGAAAUUAUGAAACAGGUCGGAAGGCACCCAAAUAUUGUAGCUAUGUAUGGCUUUUGCAAUGAGCCAAAUCAUCAGUGUAUGAUCAUGGAGUACGUGCCAUUUGGCGAUCUUAAGCAUUACCUCCAAGAAUUGCGAAAACAGUUCGACCUAACAGUAUGUAACAGAAAAAAUGCAAAAAAAUUCGAUUUUUCAAAUUCUCCGUCCACUUCACUUAGUACGUCACUAAUUAACUCCAGUGACAAGCUACCAACCCCAGAGGAUCCCUAUUAUUUAGAUCCCAACGAAUUACAGAGUUUCGCUCUUCAGGUGGCUAACGGGAUGGCCCAUAUAGAAUCGUUAGGUAUAAUUCACAGAGACUUAGCGGCCCGGAAUAUACUCGUUGGACGAGGUAAGCAGCUUAAGAUUAGUGACUUUGGACUCUCACGCAGAGGAGUUUAUGUCAAGACAAGCAAAGGCAUAAUACCACUUCGAUGGCUUUCAAUUGAAGCAAUUGAACAUAACCUAUAUUCGACUAAAAGUGAUGUUUGGGUUAGCUUUACGUUCCUUAACACAACUAUACACAAUAUUCAGGCUUAUGGCGUCGUACUGUGGGAGAUUUGUACUCUUGCCGGAUUCCCCUAUGCAUCAAUCAGCGAUAAAGAAAUUUUGAAACAUCUUCAGCAGGGAAAUCGUCUGGAAAAGCCUUCUUCAUGCGCCAAUGAAAUAUACGACAUUAUGAUGAAAUGUUGGGCUGAAGAACCCACGGAGAGACCUUCAUUUGCGGCGCUAUGUGAAUAUCUUAACGACUUGAACAACCAAGAAUGUCCUUAUGUUGAAUUUCUUCCAGAUGAAGAACUUCCGCCACCAGGUAAGUGCUUCGCCUGGCUGUCGCCAGGCAACUAA